AUGAUUUUGAACAAUUCUCAUUUUAUUAAUUCUUCCAGUGACAGCUACAUCGUGCGUGUGAAAGCGGUGGUGAUGACGCGGGACGACUCGAGCGGCGGCUGGCUGGCUCAGGACGGGGGAGCCCUGAGCAGGGUGGGGGUGUGCCGCCUCCUUCCGACAGACCUUUCCCCUGUUUCYGGCUCUGGCAAGUCCCACUUCCUCAUCCGAGGGGAGCGCCUGCUUGACAAACAGGUGAUUCUGGACUGUCCUCUGAGAAAAGACCUGGUCUACACCAUUGCAAUGCCAACAUUUCACCACUGGAAGGUGGAGGACAGGAGGUGUGGCCUGUCCUUCCAGAGUCCAGCUGACGCUAGAGCUUUCGACAGGGGAGUACGGAAAGCCAUAGAGGACUUGGCUGAAGGCUCCACGACCUCCUCCACAGCKCUCCAGAACGAGAGCGAACUGGGUGAUGAUGACGUCUUCACCAACGCCACAGACAGCUCCUCCAACUCCUCUCAGAAGCUGGACAGCUCCCUGCAGCCGCUCGAGUCCUCGCCCCUUCCGCAGAGACACAAGUGCUUGCCAGGACAUCAUCACGACCUGCACGACUCCUUCCAGAUCCCCGACCACUACUACUUGGACCAGCCAUUUUCCCGGAUUCCUCGCCGCGUCACCUUCGAGGAUGAGGAGAUAGUUCGGAUCAACCCCCGGGAGCGCAGCUGGGAGCGGAGCACGGAGCGGAGCACGGAMCGCCACCUGGGGCGCCAGUCGGACCGCCACUGGCACACGGGGUACGAGGACUACCGACACGCGACGGUGUGCGACAGGUUCAUCCACACGGACGACCCCGAGUCCUACGUCCACUUUGACAAGACGGAUGCCCAGAAACACGACUACACCUACCCGCUGGCCCCGGCCCUGUCGCCAUCAGACUCUGACCCUGCUCUCGGACCCCUAACCAGUAAGGGCCACUGCGGCUCCUAUCAUCCGGGCUUCUCCUCGGCGGUCUCUGCCCAGCCUCGCUCCUUUUUCUCGGGCUCGUCGUCGUCCAGCAGCAGGAAGGGGCGGAAGGACAAGGGGAUGGAGCGCGCUCAGUGCGAGCACUGCGGCGAGGCCUUCUACCUCUUCGAGAACCGGAGAGGCCUGUGCCAGGACGCGCCGGACCCCGUGCGCGCCUGCAUCCAUCGGGUCAGCUGCAUGUGGCUGGCAGACACCAUGCUCUACCACUGCAUGUCCGACCCGGAGGGGGACUACUCGGACCCCUGCUCCUGCGACGGCGAGGGCGGAGGGGGCCGCCUCGGCACUCGCUGGUUGGCGCUGCUCGGCUUGUCCGUGGUGGCGCCCUGCCUCUGCCUCUACCCACCGCUCCACGCGUGCCACCGGGCGGGGCUCGCGUGCGGCUGCUGCGGGGGCCGACACAAGGCCCUGAGCUGAGAAGCCGGACCGGGAACUCUCUCGCAGGAGACUAUGAAAAACCUAAACUCAACGCAAGCACAGGGAAAGGGAAGGAUGGGGAGACACACACAGGGGUCUCUCGCCUUGGAUUUUCUUUUAUUUUUUUUUAGGGGGGAGGUUUCUCUACAAUUUCCAGACACUGAAAUAAGCCAAAUAAGAAGAAAAAAAAACUUGGUGCAUUUUCUGAACAGCCUGGGAAGAUAAGCUCCCCCUCAUGGCAGACAGUUCUCUCAGCUCUCCACGUGGCCAUUUCAUGCUCUAUUUCUAAUGAGAGAGCAGAUUUUUUUUUUUCAGGGGGCCUUUUUUUUAUAGUCAGCCUAUACGUCAUGUAUCACUUAUGCAGGUACUUUAUAUUGUUGUAUUUGUACAUCGACUCGGCGUCAAAGAACUUGAAUUGUUUCUUUGUUGUAUUUUAUUUUCUCUUCCAUGUUUCUGUGGCCAUUUUGUUUAAUUUUCUAUUCCGAUAUCAGGCCUGCUCAGUUAAGCUCCAGCUACAACAGAAAUCAGACACUACACCUCUUUGUGUGUGUAUGUGUGUGUGUGCGUGUGUGUGGUUACAGUGUGUGCUGAGGCCCUUUUUGUUGUCUGUACUGCAGCUUGUAGUCAAAACUCAUGUACAUAUUCUUCAUAGUUCUCCAUCAACUUUUUUUUUUUGGUCACCCAAAACAAAACGUGGUACUCAUCUUAAUCGUCAUCUAAAAUCCCAAAGAUUUGUAUUUUUCUUCUAUUUAUUUAUUUUUUUAACUGAAUUGAUCGACCAGAAAAAAAAAUUAUGGUGCUGGGUUGUAAUUCAGUCCCUGAAUUAGAUAUUAUUUUAAGUCCUGCUACGAUAAUCGAGCAUCUCCCGUCUCCCUGCUCCUUUUCGCAUUACUUCCAAACAGUGCCUAGAAACCACCUUUACCGGGAACCCACGAAGUCUUACGCUUCCUGACCAGUUUUAUUUAUCCUUUUGGCUCCUUUUCCUUGGCCAGCACUUGAAGCAGUUCAAGAUUUUAAGGCCCUGAUUCCUCUCAUUCUUGCAGAACCUCAGUCAGCAGUCCAUCCUUUCACAUCCAGGACUGAACAAAAAAACCAAUCAGACACCGUUUAAAACAGGUGUCGCUCUGCCUUAAACAUGUGGCGUCUCACUCCAGACUUCCCCCGUCACUCUCUGAACGUCUGCUUUAAUGAAAAUUUAGGAGUGUCUUUUUACGGCUCCAGUCGCAUGCUGCUGGAUUCAACUUGAUUUGAAUUAUUUUUGUAACAAAAAAGUACAUUUAAAAAGAAAGUUCUCUUAAAAUAUCGAAGCUAUAGACUCCGAUUUUGUCUGCGACGUACAAUCACCCCGCCCCCCCUGCUUUAAAGAAAUGUCAACACAUUGAGGUUUAUUCAGAGAAAUAUAAGCUUCAUUUGAUUGUUUUAAAAAUCACCCUGAAUGGGGCUUAUUAUACUGUUUUUUUUUUUUUUUUUUUUUUUUUUUUUGUUUGUUUAUUGCUAAAACCAUGAUUAGGACUAAUUUGGGACAAGUUUUAUACCAGUUUUACAAUCAGUUGAGUUGUAUUUAUUAAAGAUGAGCCUAACCUCUUGAAUGUGUUAUGAGAAUAAUUUGACAUUUUAGGAAACAGAAUGUUGCGAAACGAGCCAAACACUUAAAAUGUGACAUAAGAGCAGAAGUGUACAAAGUACUUAAAAAUAACUAAGUAAAAGUAAAAAAAAAAUACCUAAACAGAAAAUGACUGUGGUAAAAAUGAAUUUCACUGACAAGAAAAGUACGUACUGAAGAGUCAUAAAACUGUUCACAAUAACUGGAAAAGUAAAAGUA